AUGGAGCCUUCCAGCAAAUAUGUUGCGCUGGUCUUCGGGGCUAGUGGGAUCUCCGGAUGGGCCGUCACAAACAAUCUGUUCAUUUAUCCCACAGCAUCCACAUUUUGCCGCAUUAUUGGUCUAACAAACCGACCGAUGGACCUGUCAGGAAGCCAGCUUCCCAAGAAUGAUCCUCGUUUGGAGAUUUACUCUGGCAUCAACUUACGUGAGGACAUCGAGACUAUCAAGGAGCAAAUGAAAAUCAAGAUCCCCGACAUGCAGGACAUCACGCAUGUGUACUACUGUGCAUAUUCAGUCGACGUCAUGGAGAUUCGUAAUAUCAACGUCACCAUGACUCGAAACGCUGUCAAGGCGGUUGAUGAGAUCUGCUCAAGUCUGAAAUUUCUGAGUUUGCAGACUGGCACCAACAGCUACGGAGUGGCUGUCUUCCAACAUCAGGACAAGAUUGAGAUACAUCCUCCAUUGAAAGAGUCUCAGCCGCGAAUUCCGUCUCCAUACGGAGAUGAAAUCUUCUACUACGGGCAAGUAGAUGCUAUCGAGGAGCUACAGAAGGGCAAAUCCUGGAGAUGGUGUGAAGUUCGCCCCGAUGCAAUUGUCGGCUUCGUUCCUGGUACGACUUCAAUCAUGACGUUUCUUGAGCCGACCGCUCUUUUCCUUGCGCUCUGGCGUUAUGUCCAUGGGCCCGGAGCCGAAAUCAAGUUCAUUGGUACAGCUACGAACUACACCCACACCAACACAGACUCAUCGCAGGAUAUUAUUGCAAAGUCUCAUAUUUAUUUAUCGACCGUGAAGCCAGAAGAAUCGAACGGGGAAGCUUUCAAUACUGCUGAUAAUGCAACUCCAGUUUCCUGGGUGGAGCGAUGGCCUGUCAUGGUCGAUUAUUUCGGGCUGCAGGGAACGCCUCCAGUUGAUGGAGCCCAGACAACGUUUCCGGUUGAAAAGUGGUGGGAAGAACACCAAGGUGACUACAAGAGGAUGUGUGCCGAGUAUGGCUUGAAGCACCGUGAUAUACCAGCUGCGUCUUGGAUAUUCACGAUGGGGGUCGGCUUUUCUCUCUUACAGAGAAAUCGGGCAAUGUGUCUGGAUAAGAUCCGGUCUGUUGGGUUUAAGGAAGAGUUGGGCAUGACCGAAGGCUAUCUCAUCGCCUUUGAUCGCAUGGUUGCUGCUAACAUUCUUCCCCCGCGGAAAUUGAUAUAG